AUGGACGAUGUAGCACGCGGGCAAAACGAUGACGUCACGGAGAGUGAUAGUUCUGGGAGACGCCGUCAUGAGGGUGAUGAGACUACGACGGCAUCUUUUUGUUAUUCUACUGCUCUAGAAGGAGAGAGUGGGAGCUCUGACCUUGAGCUGCAGCCCCCUUUACCCUUAUGCUCGUAUACUUGCAGUGGAGGUGAGUUUCUUCACCUCUUCCGGUCGCUCAAUAAUUCAGGGGAGGGAUCAAUCCACUACUACUCCCCGUGGACCGUUUGCGGAGAUGACGACUGUUCACUUGUGGCUCAUGUCGAGGUGGAUGAUGAGGAGAAGGAAUUCACGUUGGGGGUCUGUGGCGCCACAGAACGCGUUGUGGGAACUUUCCUGCAGUACUUUGCGAGUGGGCAAACAAUGCACCCCAUAGGGGCGCCGGGGGUGUGGAGAUUGUGUAUUUGUCCGUGGCAUCGGCGGGCACUUCUUUUGGCUUCUUUGGACGACCUAAUUAUCUCUUGUAUCCAUCUUCCAUCUGCAGAGUACUGCCGUUUGAGGAAUGAGCGAGGGAGAAGAAAGGAAGAAUUAACGCAACGAACACCGCCCUCGGUGUGUGAGGUUACCCCCAUUGGUGUGGACGCGUGGCGUGUUGUAGUGGAACACAAGGGUCGGGGAUUUGUGCGUCUGUACGCCAUUGAGCGGCGCAGGGGCACAUGCUACUGUGACGCCUCUUUAUCUCAACUCAGUUGA